UUCUACUAGUACCACUAUCUUCAGCCCCCAAUCUUUCAAUUCAACUGACAAAAAAGCAUAAACAAAACCCACUUACCAAGAAAUCCCCACAAAACAAAUAAAUAAAAACCCCCCAAAAUGGAAACCCCAAAUCAAGAACAACAAGAAAUAAUCCAACAAAACCCAAAUCACAUGAUGUUUUUGAGAAUAAUGAGUAAACGACGAACAUGGGUAGCUCUAUUUGUCUUAGUUUAUGGAAUCCUUCUAUACUCUUCUUGGAAUCUGCUAAAAUCGAUUCUUCAUUGGUACAACGCCAGUCUGUCUCCUCCGCCAUCUUCAUCGCCGGCAAAAGGGUGGCCGGCGGCGGUGUAUGCGUCGGUGAUGCUCGGCGCAGUCUUCGGUGUGAUGUCGAUGGUUGCGGCGUUCGCGGUUGCGGUGCCGGCGAUGCUAAUGACUUGGAUUACAAUUCUUGUGCUGCUUACUUUCUGUGGUACGCGAAGGAGAGACUUAGUGGUGGAAGGGAAGAAAUUAACGGCUGAGAUUUCUGGGGUUGUGAUUAAGAUCCUGAUCAAAGAAGGGAAUUUUGUUGCUGCUUUUUGUGCUGUUUUGGGUUAUUUUAUGCUUGUUAAGAAAAAUUCAAAUGAAGCUAAUUGUAGUUAGUUUAAAAAAAUAAAGAUUCGGAAUGAGGUUUGAAAUUAGGCAAGGUAAUUUGUUAGAAAUGUUCUCAUGUAUAAGUUGAUUGUAAAAUGCACAUGUUACUUUUUCUGGAAAAAUGUAAUUGAUACACUUUAAUGUUGGACCAUUUUGUAUAACGAUGGCUUUCA